AAAGUGGAGUGGGUUAGGUGUGGGUCGAGGCGGCGGCGGCGGCGCCGGUUCAAUACUCGGUAAUCAAAUUGUCGUGCACGGGGGCGCCGUGUCGGAGAGCUUAACUAUUAACCCGCGCGGCGUCGGGCCGCUAAACAAUAAACAUGGCGACCGUGGCGCGCCGUAGUCGGGCGGGCGGCUGCGAACCGGUGCGCACGCGCCCGGCGCACUAUUUCAUUUCUAACUCUUUCCGGUUGGUCCCGGCCGCACGCCGCCCCGGACACCCGGCCGCCAACCCGGGGGUUGUGACAGUCAGCCGACCAAGAUUAAGCCUCUCCGGGUCGAACCUCAACCCCCGAGCCAAGCACCAUCGGCCGGCGCCACCGCCGCGCCACCACCCGCGCCGCCACCGCCCUAUAUACACCGCCGCCGCCCUCUGUUACGCCGCCGCGACUUUUACCGGCCCGACGAGUUAAGCUCCGAGUCCCGGGGCAUAAGCCAAACGCGAACCGGAUACGUCACUCGUACAUAAUACACGCAACAAUUCGAUUAUUUUUACGCGGGCGCCGCUCGAGAUAUUUUUUCCGUUUUUCGCGUUUUUAUUGUUUUACCUCUUCGUGUCUCCGCGUCUUCGUGUCCCGUGACGGGUUUUCCGGUUUUUCCAGACCUGUGAUUUUCGAUUUCAUGCAUAGUAUAUACCUACUUAUCUACCGCACGACCCGCACGCUACUCCGGCAGUGUAUAAAAUAAGGCUAGGCACAUUUGCGUCUUUUUCAAAGGUGCCAGUUUUUCCAGUUUUCCUUUAUUUUAUAUCGUGAUAAACUAACGCGUUUGCUGCAUAUAUUAUUUACUUACUAUAGUAAAUUUUCAUUUAUAUUUCAAUAUUAUAUUAUUACAAUACCGUUCCGGUUACGAUAUUUGUGUACACAAUAUUAUACAAUACAAGACUAAAAAUGAACCUAACCACAACUGAUGCAGAUCGGUCAUUCAUUUCAAUACAACAAUCUGCACAACCAAUUUUUUCAUUAUCUGAUCCAAGGAUGGGCAGUAUCCAUUUAAAUGCCGACAGUGACAAUCGAGACACGGACUCGAGUUAUUCCAUGAGGGACAGGCCGCUCUCGCUCUGCAUGUCAGCCGCUUGUGCCGCCCAACAGGUACCGGUGUCCGCGUCCAGAACGCCGCCGACUUCGGGCGCCACGACUGCGGGACAUUACGCGUCAACGGGUGGCCAAGCCGUAGCCAAGACCAAGACACUGGGACUGACUUGCGUCGUGUGCGGCGACACGUCAAGCGGAAAGCACUACGGCAUAUUGGCGUGCAACGGUUGCAGCGGGUUCUUCAAGCGGAGCGUCCGCCGCAAACUCAUCUACAGAUGCCAAGCGGGAACCGGGAGUUGCGUAGUGGACAAGGCACAUCGUAACCAAUGUCAGGCGUGCAGGCUGAAGAAAUGCCUCAACAUGGGCAUGAAUAAGGACGCUGUUCAAAAUGAACGUCAGCCAAGAAACACGGCAACCAUACGUCCGGAAAAUCUAGCUGACAUGGACCACGAACGAGUGAUUCGAGAAGCGGCUGUAGCAGUUGGAGUGUUUGGGCCAUGUCUUUACAGACCCCCGGUUUCAGUGGCGUUAGCGUUAUCUCCUCUGAGGUAUCAUCCCAACGGACCCAUGGCACCGCCGAGCAUACAUCAACGGCCCGCGGAACCGUCGCCGACCGCAUCUUCGUCGCCGAAACAAGAAUCUCACCACGAUGACCAAGACGAUGACGACAGUAUAGACGUGACCAACGAAGAACCGGAUACGUCUGACAAUAACAAAAGAGCGUCGUCUUCGCCACCAGCAGUUCCAAUACCUCUUACCCAACACCAUUCGAUGUACGACCAUCAUCCGUCAUUCUACCCCGGUCUACACGAGAACGUUUACGAGACGUCCGCCCGUCUGCUUUUCAUGGCCGUCAAGUGGGCGAAAAACUUGCCGUCUUUCGCGUCUCUUCCGUUCAGAGACCAGGUGAUACUCUUAGAAGAAUGUUGGUCGGAAUUGUUCCUGUUGAACGCGGUUCAGUGGUGUUUGCCACUGGAAAACAACCCACUUUUCAACCCUUCAGAUCACGUGGCGGCCAUACCAAACGGCAAAGCCAGCCAAGUGGCGGCCGACAUACGCGUACUCAACGAAACCCUACGCCGGUUUAGGACCAUCAGUGUCGACCCGGCCGAGUUCGCGUGCAUGAAGGCUAUCGUUUUGUUUAGAGCCGACACACGGGGAUUGAAAGACCCGAUACAAGUGGAGAACCUGCAGGACCAGGCGCACGUCAUGCUCGGUCAGCACACCAGGAACCAGCACCCCGGCCAGCCUGUCCGGUUUGGCCGGCUGUUGCUGAUGUUGCCGCUGCUGAAAAACGUGCCAGCCGCCAGGAUCGAAGCCAUAUUCUUUCAGCGGACCAUCGGCAACAUACCAAUGGAAAAAGUCUUGUGCGACAUGUACAAGAACUAAUGUCAUCGCCGAAAGCGGAUGUUAAUAUUAUUAAUAACCUUUCACACUCACCUUAUGAUUUGAUGUAUAUAAAGCAAUAGGCUCUACUUUGUAUAGAAUAUAGAUACACUUUAUUGGUACUUUGUAUAAGUAUAGGUGGAACAUGGUUGAUAAUCACUCGGCACUCGUCAUAUUACGCCAUAUUUGAACUAUCCAAUAACAAAUUCAAUAGGAUAUAACGUACCUACCUAAAAACCAAUAAUGAUAUUUAUUAAAAAUGUGUUUAGCUUUCAAAACAAAUUAAUUUUUUUACUAUUUAAUACAAAUUUAAUGUGAACGCUUAGAAUUUUAGUGAUAAUUUACACUUGACCAUCAAUAUUUUAAUAUAAUAAUAAUCAUAUCUACCUAUAUUGUUGUACGUACGAAGUAAUUAAGUGACGUAGCCAGGGAGGCUGCAGCGCUACCAGACAUUUCAGGAAAAUUUAAAAAUGCUUUCGUUGUUUUGUGAAAUUAUUAAGUAACUUCAUAAGACGCAGCCAUGUAGGUAUUUAAAUUAUAAUUUGUAUGAAGGUUGCAGCAAAUAAGUCUAAAAUGUUAUUUACUGCAGUGGUUCUAUUUAUAUCCGUGCACGACAUACAUGCACAUUUUCAAAAUCUUCACUUAGAGCAGUAGACAGUGUCGUACCUAUAAUAUUCUUUUCAAUAAAUGUAUAUAGGUACGUUAUUAUUUGUAAUUAUAUUUCAAUUUUCAAAGUUAUAAUUUAUU